AUGACCUGCAGCCACACCAAAGAUAAAGGUCACAACCAGAUGUACUGGUUCAGACAGCGUCCAGGGGAGACCAUGAMCCUGGUUGUGUACACAGUGUUUGGUGGACAGCCGGACUACAGCGGGAGCUCUCAAACCAAAUACUCAGCUGUCAAAGAGACCAUUGAGACUGGAGCUCUYACAGUGAGAAACCUACAGCCUGAUGAUGGUGGAGUGUAUUUCUGUGCCAUCAAGCUCUACACGGCCAAGCGCCGAACUACAUCUCCGGUCUUCUCUCACCUUAUAACCCCAAACGCAACUUGGGCUCACAAGACCAGAAUCUUCUUUUGGUCCCCCGUACUCGCUUCAAGACCCAUGGUGACUGUGCCUUUUCCUCAACGGCUCCCAGACUGUGGAACACCCUUCUGCCCCAUCUUAUCCAUCCCCUCCACCUAUAAGGGUGUGUAUCUCAGUAAAGAAAAACAAGUGUUUCAGUCUCCAGCUGAACUUCUGAGACAACCCAAUGAGAAUAUCAAUCUGAGCCUGACACAUCGAAUCCCGAGCUACGACACGAUUCUGUGGUAUCAGAGRUCACCAGGAGACACUGCCCUGAAGCUCAUAGCCUACAUGUMUUAUAAAACUCCAAAUGUUGAGACUCCGUUUCAGAGCCGCUUCAGUGUGAGUGGAGAUGGAGAGAAAGAAGCUCAUCUUCAUUUCCUCGACCUAAAACAUCCUGACGACACUGGAGAAUAUUUUGGAGCAGCAAGUCAAACUGGUACAAGUGAUGUCAACCAGGAUCCCUUACUGUGGAAAAACCAAGGGGACACCGCAACACUAGCCUGCAGCCACACUAAGGGUGCAUCCUAUUACCAGAUGUACUGGUACAGACAGCUGCCUGGAGAAACCAUGAAACUAAUCGUGUUUACAACAACGGGCAAAAAAGAACAUGACUUUGAAGGUUCCAGCACUGAGAAGUUCUCAGCCACCAAGCCUGAUGCUGAAAGUGGAACAUUCACCGUGUUGAAUCUGGAGCCAGCAGAUAAUGGCUUGUAUUUCUGUGCUGUCAGUGAACACGGUGACACAAAUACUAGUCAGAGCUGAACAAAAACCCUCUCUCUGUGUACUCUGUACACACCCAGCAGUCAUUUUAUUCUCCUGGUUGAUGUGGUCUUACCACACAGAGCAUGCC